AUGCACAUUGAAGUUGAACACCUGAAUUCCACAAUUCUCUCUUUAAGAGUUGACAAGGAAUUUACUGUAGAUAACUUGAAACAUAUAGUGAGCCAGAAUAUACAUAUACCUGCAUCUGAUCUAACGUUGGCAUGCAAUGGUUCUCUGCUCGAAGAUGGACAUCGUUUCUCUGAGUAUUUCGCUGGGGAUAGGUGCAAGGUCCUUUUAUUUUUGCGCAAAGGUGAACAGAUACGGAGCAACAUUGAAGUCGACUUUGGCGACGGAAGAGUUUUAUUUAUUCCCGCCUGCAUGAGCUGGACUGUAGGCGAACUAAAGCGAAAACUACAAAAUGCUACUAAAGGUGAGCAUUUGGACGAGACCAAGGUUUUUACGUUUACUCGUUUUAUAAUGGAGGAUAAUCGUAGGCUUGAAGAAUAUAAGCUCAAAGAAGGUUCAAAAAUACUUGUAUUCAGUUAUUUGAACACGGAUCCAGCAAAUACUAUGAAUGGAGAAGCUGCGCCUAUUAAAAAUGAGGAAGAGACUUCUCAACCCAUCGUUUCUUAUCGGGUAUUCGAAAAUCCUGUUGAUGACGUUAUUAAGUCUUCCUUAUCGUGUACCACUCCUUUGCCUCCUUCGCCAUCUCCUCCCCCUCUUUUGGAGCAGUCAAAGACAAAGUCUGCGGAAGACCAAAACGAGUACCUCAUCUUAUCCACCGAUUCACCCGUUCCACCGCAGACAACAGAAUUGAGUUCCUCAUGGAAUGCAGCUGCAAACCUUACUGAAUACCAUCCUCAUAAUAGUUCAUCGAAUCUGAAAAAUGGUUCUGAAUCUCUGAAAUCGUGGCAAGCUUCCGUAGAGCCCAAAACGAUUGUCAUACCUGGAAAGUUUCGCCAACGUCAGACAAAACCUGUUUUUAAUAGACACUUCCAGUCUGGAACGGGAAUAUCUGAUCGUGGCAAAAAUGUCGAUAAGAUGGAUGUCAUAUUCACCGAUGGAACCAGAAAGAUGUCAGUAGAAUUGCCUACAACAGCAACUGUCUUAGAGGGCUUGGAAGCCGUAAAAACAAGGAUUUCCGACAGUGAUAAGGACAAGUUUCGAUUGUUUAAGGGAUACGUUCAAAUGGAAGCUCAUCAUCCCCUUAGUCAAUAUGGAGUGGUAAAUGGUUCCACAGUCGUGUUCAAAAAACCUGGUCCAGUCCAGAAAUUUUAA